AUGAGCACUCACAACAUGGCGCGCGAUGAGACAAUAACCGAUGUCGGCACCGACGCGACUGAGUCGACAAGAUUGCUAAGGGACAGAGAUGAAACCAGCACCAGCGAAAGACGACAAGAUGAAGGAGAGGCCUGGGUGGGUUACGCAGACUUUGAGGGUUUGCCUUGGUGGAGGAGACCGACAGUUUGGUUCCUCUUGGUACCAUAUGCGCUUUUUACCCUGGCAUUUGGAGGGACGGUGGUGCCAAAGCUGAAUUUGUAUGACCUCCCCCCCUCAGUCAAACAGAGGGUGAUUUUAGCUGAUUAUCGAUACAGGAUUCUCGAGCUGGUAUGCAAACGCUACUUUGCCGACCGCUCCGCCCGCGACCCAGAUUUCACCUUCACUCCGGUUGUUCCUGGCGAAGACAACGACCAAUGCUUCAUUCCUGAAGUUCAGCGGUCUGUCGCAACCUUUAUGAUGGUUCUCAAUGUUCUGACUGGAUUACUCAGCGCCUUGACGGCGCCGAAGUUGGGGUCGUUGUCGGAUCGUUAUGGCAGGAAACUCAUGCUGACGGUUUGCGCGCUGGGUGGGAUCAUGAAUGAGAUUAUUACCAUCCUGGCGGCCAAGUUCCCGGAAACGAUUCAUUACAACUGGCUGAUCUUGGGCGCGUUGUUUGAUGGGCUUACGGGGUCUUUUACGGCGGGGAGUGUGCUGAUUCAUUCGUACACGAGCGAUUGCACACCCCCUUCGAAGCGCGGUGUGGCGAUAGGGUACCUACACUCGUGCUUAUUCAUGGGGCUGGCGUUUGGACCGCUGUUAGCGGGGUAUUUCGCUGAGUGGACGGGGUCGUUGUUAUCGAUCUUUUAUGUGACGCUGGGAUGUCAUAUAUUCUGGGUGUUUUCCAUGUUGUUUAUCACACCGGAAUCGCUGUCAAAGAAGAGGCAAUUGCUGGCGAGGGAGAAGUACGAGAUUGAAAAGGCCGCGAGACGGCCACCGACUGUUGCGACAAGGGUUGGGGUGUUUGGGAUGAGGGCGAUGCUUGGACAGCAGAUCAAUGGGGUUGUGUACAUGAUGAAGAACCAGAACCCGUUUGCGCCGCUCAAGAUUCUGUUUCCCAAGGGAGCGCACAAUGCGAGGUUGAGGAGGAAUUUCUUGAUCCUGGCGUUUUUGGACAUGGUGCUGCUCGGGGCUGCCAUGAGUGGCGGGACGGUUAUAAUAUUGUACACCGAGUACAUGUUUGGAUGGCGCAACUUGGAGAGCUCGAGGUUUGUCUCGCUUGUGUCGAUGGUCAGGGUUGUGGUUUUGCUCGGUAUCUUCCCGGUUAUCAACUAUGUGUUCCGGACGAGAAAGGCUGCUCGCUUGAGGCGGGAAUCGACUGCGCCGAUUGUGGAGAAGAAUAACGGGGCGGACGAGUUCGAUAUCUGGAUUUUGAGAAGCGCGAUUCUGUCGGACGUGGUGGGAGUGAUCGGGUAUGUUGUUGUCCGGGAUCCAGCGAUAUUUGUUGGAUGCGCCAUCAUCACGGCGUUUGGUGGCCUCGGUUCAGCUACUAUUCAAGCUGCACUCAGUAAACAUGUGCCCGCUGAGCGUGUUGGUCAGCUUCUUGGAGGCAUAGGAUUGCUUCAUUCAUUGGCGAGAAUUGGUGCGCCGGUUCUGUUUAACGGGAUUUAUGCCGCAACGGUGUCGUCGUAUCCGCAGGCGUUCUUUGUGGUGCUGGCUGGGCUGUUCAGUGCUACGUUUAUCGCAUCGCUUAUGCUGAAACCUGGAGGUAAGUUUCCUGACUGA